UGGUCGCAGUAGCAACAGCGUGGGAGCGUUUCAGACUGAUGAUUUCAAGUGGCAAAACAUAAACUAUCGGAUGGAUCUUGGAAAGGCAAAGCUGCUUAGGUCCGGCCUCAACACGCUACACCAAGCUAUCCACCCCGUGCAUGGAAUAGCCUGGACUGAUGGUAAACAGGUGUGCUUGACUGCCUUGUAUUUUGUCAAUGGAGAAGUCCAAUUUGGGGACACUAACGUCAUCGGACAGUUUGAGCACGUCCUCGGCCUGUUUUGGGGUCCUCUUUGCUGCUUGGAUUCCCCGGCGCUGUUGGCUGUUCAGCAUAAGAAACACAUCACCGUAUGGCAACUCCAACUCAGCACCCUGGAGCAGAAUAAACUCUUGUGUACUCAAACUUGUGAGAUGAGUGAGCCUUUCCCGUUGCUGUCCCAGGGCUGUGUUUGGCAUCCUAAACUAGAUGUAUUAGCGGUACUGACCAAGAGAGACGCUUCUGUAUUGUUUUCAGUUCGUGUCGACAACCGGAGAAUCAAAGCGGAUAUUAAAGGAAGUGGUCUUAUCCAUUGUGCUUGCUGGACUAAAGAUGGUACUCGCCUUGUUGUAGCUGUAGGCAGCGCGUUACACUCUUAUAUUUGGAACGAUAUUCAGAAAAGCAUUGUAGCAUGUUCAUUUUGCCCUAUUUUUGACGUCGGUGGCUAUGUCUGCGCCAUUGAGUCCACAGGAGACCAACAAGUUGCAGUCGCCACCGAACUCCCUUUGGAUAAAAUCUGUGGACUGAACGCUGGAAUGUCGUUCGAUUUACCAAACGAAGUCACGGAUUCGCUCCAGAACCAAGAGACAUCCGAGGAAGACAGCGUUUUUGAUCGGAGGAGGUCAUUUAUACCCAGCACCGGACCUCUCGAUCUCACUCACCUUUUGGCACGCCAUCGCCGCUCAGACCCCAGCCCCCUCCUUCACCUCCGUCGUAGAGACACCGUUACCGGAUCUGGCCUGGACUCUUCUCACCUCAUCUUAGUAACUUAUGAGCGUAAAGUCACCACCACACGCAAAGUCAGCAUCCCGGGGAUUUUAGUUCCUGACAUCGUUGCGUUUGACCCUCGGGGCUCCACUGUUGCUGUAGCUUCCAAUACUUCUAACAUGGUGCUUGUGUAUUGCAUAACUCCAUCUGCCAUGCCCAAUAUACAACAAAUUUCUCUUCAAGCCAAUGACAAACCAAAAGGUGUGUGUUUUCUUAAUGACAAAAUGCUCCUACUCAUGAUUGGCAGGCAGAAGGCUAACGAUCCUGCUUUCCUCCCUGCUUCAAACACCGAUAAAUAUAUGCUACGACUUCUUGCCAAGGAACUUUUAAAUGACUGCGAGAUUCCCAGCACUCCACCUACAGACAGUCCCAGUACGUCCAGUCCAGGUUUGUCCACUCCUACGGGGAUUAGAAGGCAUUCCGAACACAUCUCUAAGGAGGAUAGGGAAAGACCAACCAGGAUUAAAGACUUGGUUUUACCGGGAGGGGGGUUAGUCCGUUCACCUGCCAACAGAAGAAGACUAAUUGAAGAAGUGCGUAGUAGUGAUCCCAGCCCCGUCACCAGCUCCGUGGACUUCUCCGACCGAUCUUCUGACAAAGCAGUGUCCAGUUCUUCUUCCAUAACUUUGGAGAAUUACGAUAUGGAGCAGGUGAAUCGUCUGAGCAGCUUGGCGGUCGCCGGGCAGGUUAGCAGAGACUCGAGCAGGGCCAGUUCUCCGCGCCUGGACCCAUCAGAUAAAGUCCAAGCUGAGCAGACUUCAGUGGCGGAGAAGAAAUCGAUCCAAAGGGAGCGGGCCCUGGAGCAGCUGGUGCACAAUAUGGAGAGGCUGUUCACACGUUUCUCAGACGUACAGCAGUGUCUGGCAGAAAUGAGAGACUUCACGCAAAACGGCAAGAAGGCGCAAAGUGUCUAUCCGCACUACACAGAACCUCCUUAUGUCAAUGUCACAUGCCAGAAGCAGUUGUCUGAAAACGUGUUCAUCGACGAGAGGAGGCCGGUGCUGCUGUGUGAUGGAAAGCUGUGCCUGCGCUCUCUGCAGGAUCUCUUCAGUCUGUCCAUAGUGGAGAUGAUGUAUGGGCCGUUAUGGAUUGUACUUGUAGCAGACCCUGACGGUUUUGUUCCACUGACUUUUAAAUCCAAGGAUGAACUGACUGUGAGAAACGGGAAGAGGAAAUCCAACGUACGGACACCAGAUACUUCCUGUCCCUCCAGCCCGGCGCCCAGUCCAAGCUCUAACACAGAGACCUGCACUUAAACUACAAAAUCUAUCAUUAUGAUUUGGUUUAUAAUAGGUUGCCUUCAUGUUGUAGAAUAUUAGUUUGAGAUGGAGAGCAGGGGCUUAUGUAAUUCUAUGACAGAUUUACUGUUUUUGAAUGAAGUAGAAAACUUAUGAUCCAAAAAUGUUCUCGUGUGAACACAACUUAUUAUAUCAUCAGUGAAAAGAUAUCACAGAGUCUUCCUUUGCUUUAUGUAUUUCAACAAAUCAAAUGUUAAACUUCAGGGCCUAAAAUGCAUUGUUUUGUUGCAUUGAGCUACAUGCACCAUAAUGAUGUUACUGUGAGGUUUUGGUUUUGUAACUCCAUUAUUCAUUUAUCAGUUUUAUUACACAUGAUACAGAACACAGUGUGUUGACCUUCUGACGGUGCAUUUCUCCUCUUUCAUACUUUCUAUGAAAACAUGUCAGUCACUGGAACACAUCUGACGUUUUGUACUGAUUUAGACCUUUGCCUUUGCACAAAGCAUGUUUACAUGAUGCUUCUGUUUAAUUAUGGUGGCAGCUGCACCACACUCUGUUGUAGAGAUUUUGAUAUUAUUGCAGUAUUUACUUUACAUUGGCCAAAUGAUCCUUUACAAAAUAGCCAUAUAAAAACAUGGUUUAUGCUGACGUCUGUGCGUAAUUUCAACUUUGUCCACUAGAGGGAGCAAUACACAACAGAAAUGUGAAGGCUGCACUGAGAGGCUGCACCUCUGGAAGAAUGUAAUAUGUAUAAUAUUGUAUUCUACAACAAAUGUAAAUAAAAGUAUUUUGAGUACAAA